AUGGAGAAUGAAGACAAUGUGUCGGCCGUGGACAACAUAGUCACCCAGUUUAACACUUACGAAGAUUUUCUGGACUCGCAGAUUACCACACUGGACCUCUAUUACCUGGAGGAUGAAGAUCUGGCCCGCCAGCUGGUGGAGCUGGGCUACAGAGGAAGUGGAGAAGUUGUGAAAAGAGAAGACUUUGAAGCAAGAAAGGCAGCUAUCGAGAUAGCAAGACUUGCAGAAAGGACUCAGAAAAAAGUAAUAACAAGUGCUGGCAAAGAACUGAAAGACAAUUUUUUGAAAGCAUUAGCACAAAGGGAGGAAGACAACCGUACUGGAAAAGUAACUUCUAUAAUCUUCAUUCGUGACCGAAAUGCUCAUGGUCAGGAGCUGUCUGGCUAUAUUGACUAUGCACACAGGCUUAAGAUGGAAGAUUUCGAGGUCUACUUCACUGGAAAAAGAAAACUGCUUCCAAGGCCCACAGAUUUGAGCUUUUACAACUGGGAUAGCCAUGUUGCUAUUUUGAACUCAAGUCCUAAUUAUCAAGUGAUUGCUGAAAACUGUGAUGGUUUGCUCUUCAAAUACAAGAGAGAUAGGAAGAUUAUCAAUGUAGAUCCAAAGGUUCACCCAGGGGAUAAUUCUACUAGGACUCCUAUCCAAACAGACCUCUAUCUACAAGUUGUCAUCUAUGACCAUGUUUCCAGAAGAAAGACUUAA